GCACUGCGCAGGCGCACUGCAAAGCGUCCCUGCCCCCGGCAAAGGUUUGGUCCAAUCACCAGUCGAGGCGCCAAAAGCAUCGGCGCUGGACAGCUGAGAGGAAAUGGCGGGCAGGUCCGGGCCUUCGAAGGCAGAUUCCGCGGGAGCCAUGGAACGGGCUGAAAAGGCCGGAGGGCAAGACACGUCCUCACAGAAAAUUGAAGACUUAAUGGAAAUGGUGAAAAAGCUGCAGAAAGCGGGAAGCCUAGAGCCCCGUGUAGAGGUCCUGAUGAACCGGAUUAAUGAGACUCAGCAAGCAAAAAAGAAAGCAAAUGCAGAGCUAGGAGAGGCUCGGACCAUCUCGGAGGCCCUGCAGAAGGAACUGGACUCACUGCGUGGAGAGAAAGUACGACUGAAGGAGAUCUUGAACAAAAAACAAGAGACCCUGAGGCUCCUCCGGCUGCACUGCCAGGAGAAGGAAAGUGAGGCACAGAGGAAGCACACCGUGUUGCAGGAGUGCAAGGAGAGAAUUUCUGCCCUGAACUCCCAGAUUGAGGAAGAGAAGAACAAACAGAGGCAGCUGAGGUUGGAUUUCGAGGAACAGCUGGAGGAUCUGAUGGGCCAGCACAAGGAUCUCUGGGAAUUCCACAAGCCGGAGCAGCUGGCAAGGGAGAUUUGUGCCCUGGACAGCAGCAAGGAGCAGCUGCUCAAGGAAGAGAAGCUGGUUGAGGCAAAGCUGGAGGAUGUGAAGCAUCGACUGUGCUCCCUGUGUGGGACCGAGAGUCCCUCUACCAUCACUGAAGGGCUCUUCCUUCGCAGCCAGGAGGCUGCAGCAGCAGUGCAGCUGUUCCAGGAGGAGAACAGGAAGGCUGAGGAUCUCCUGGCAGCUGCUGCCCAGCACCACCAGCAGCUGCAGCAGAAGUGCCACGAACUGCAGCAGAAGCGGCAGAGACUGAAGGAAGAGCUGGAAAAGCACAGGGUGCAGGCCCCUGCCCAAGCCCACGGCAUGCAAGAGGAAGGGGCUGACCCAGGAGAGGGGGCCAGUCCCAAGCCCCUAAAAGUCCAUGAGGAGAAAGACCUGGAGCCAUCCACCGAGCACGGACUGAUGCUCUCCUAG